UCUCCCGAACAUGAGGAAGCUCCCUUUUCUGGAGGUGGCCGAAGCAGCUGUAAAGAAAUCGUAAAUCCCGAGUAUGAAAAUGAUGCACCGCUUUAAACCUCUUCUCUUUCUUACUUAGUUAAGAAAAAGAAAAAAAAAAGCAUUUCUUCAUCGCUUGAGUGAUCGGAAAAAGAAAUGGCCAUGGAAGCCGCAGACGCCGCCACCCCUCCCCAAUUGGCUCUCGCCGACACCGACGUCAACUGGGAUAGGCUGGAUAAGACGAGGUUUCAUGUGAUUGGGGCUAUUCUGUUCACAAUGCAGUCGGCUUUAAUACACCCUACCGCGGUUGUGAAGACAAGAAUGCAAGUAGCUGGAUCAGACAUAUCUAGGAUGAAUGGACUAUCUGUUUUCAGGCACAUUAUCAGGAGUGAUGGCAUUCCUGGUAUUUUCAGAGGCUUUGCCACAUCGGCCAUUGGAUCAUUGCCAGGUCGAGUGCUGGCUUUAACUUCGCUCGAAAUGUCAAAGGAUAUGACCCUGAAAUACACAAAAGGCCUGGAUAUGCCAGAAGCAACAAGAAUCGGUAUUGCAAAUGGAGUUGCGGGAAUGGUUUCCAAUUUAUUAUCUUGUGUAUACUUUGUUCCCUUGGAUGUGGUUUGCCAGAGGUUAAUGGUCCAAGGAGUUCCCGGAACUACAAUUUGCAAGGGUCCAUUUGAUGUUGUACGCAAAGUGAUAAGAGCUGAAGGAUUUCGUGGCUUAUACAGAGGUUUUGGACUAACAGCUACAUACCAAUCUCCUGCAUCGGCUCUUUGGUGGGGUUCCUAUGGUUCAGCCCAACACAUGAUCUGGAGGAGCCUGGGCUACACUGAUGAUAUGGAAAAGAAACCAUCACAUGUAGAAUUGGUUAGUGUUCAAGCUACAGCUGGCAUGGUUGCUGGUGCUUGUUCUUCAUUGAUUACUACUCCUAUAGAUACUGUCAAGACGAGACUACAGACCUUCGAUAAUGAAGACUGCAAGGGCCCUUCUUAAAGAGGAUGGAUGGAUAGGCUUCUACCGAGGAUUUGGCCCUCGGUUCCUCAACAUGUCUUUCUACGGAACGACAAUGAUUGUGACCUACGAGCUCAUAAGUAUGGUUACUUGUUUGUUUAUAUAGUUUAGUUAAUUGGAAGCUGCUACUGCUACUACUAUUGAUCCUCCUACUCUUAUUUUUGCAGAGAGAUUGUCAGUGAAGCAAGAUUGAUCUUUCAUGGCCCUCCAUUUUAUUUAUAAUUUUGCCACUGACUGUAAUAAGUAGCAAAUUUUGGAAAUGAACUCGUGUGACUGAUUAUUCUUUACUUAGUCAUGGUUGAGUAGCAUUUUCUUUUAUUUUUUUGUCCAACCCUCUCUUUGUAAAAAAGUUUGUGCUUCAGUAGUUGGACUUGAAGCAUUAAGCUAGUGAGUUAUGUCCAUAAUUUAAAUGUCCUAUACUCAUGAAUGCUUAAUAAUGCAAUUAUUAUGUA